UGUGUGUUUGUGUGUGUUUGCUUGGGUGUGUGUGAACGCCUGCAUGUGGUGGGGGAGAUGUUCUGGAGUCACAAGAUCGUCUGGUUCCGAGUGGUUUUAAUCUGCGAAGCAUUAGGGGAUCAUGGAGAACUUUUUUUCGGGUAACAAGAGAACUAACUGAGGCCAAGACUUCCGCUCCUUGACUGAGUGACUUAAAGGAUGUUAUAAAAACAAGAUAGUGCAGGAAGCAAAAGAUUGGCACCCUAUGGAGCUUAGGUUAUUAAUUGCAGCUAUUAUUGUUAGCCUGGGUUUUUAAACCCAGGUUGGGUAUGUGAAUGUCAUUCAUGGAUGCAUUUUUGUCAAUUGUUCACUGACUUUGGGAGAUCCCAUGGUUCUUUGGCGAACUUCCUUGGAAAGUUCAGAAGGCAUGGAGCAAACUUGACUUCGCUGUGGAAAAAAUAGGACACGUUUCUGACUUUUACACUGCCAACAACAACAACAACAAAUAGCUACUAUGCAUUUUCCAGCAAUGUGGACAGAAGCCAAGUGAAGGUGAACUGGUCAUGGUUUGUCGCCAGAUCUUCCUUUGUCGUCGGCGUUUCUGCCCACGACCCUUCUUUUUGGGCUUAGUGGUAGCAAUCUGCCUCUUCUACCAGACUCUGACACUCAUAGGGACAAGGAAACUUAUAUCAGCUGUUACCGGGGCUUCCCCAUACAAACUGGCUGAAAUUUAUCAAAGCCAAUCCAAGGAAACUGUCACCAGGGACACGUAUUGCUUCCUGUCAUCAGAUGAUGCGCAGGCAACUCAAAAGAUUAAAGAGUCUGUUGCAAAGCACUUUGGAAGCCAUGACAGAAGGGCAGUGCUCUACGUGCCUCCUUCCUAUAGCCAAAUGGAACUUCAGCUUUAUCAACACAUCCUCACACAUCAUGGCUAUGCUGUUAUUACCUCAGAAGAAAGUCUCAGGGCUGGCCUUGGGCUGGGACAGCUGGACCAAGGUGAAUCAGGCUCUUGGGACCUUCUUAUCUGUCUGCCUCCUAGGAAAGCUAAUGGAAAGCCCUGCAUCAUGAAAGAAGACUUGUUUCAGUUGAAUUUACAUCAAAGGGUAAAUAUACUCCCAGAAAUUAAGCAUCAGCUUUGCAGCAAGGAAGGAUUAUGCCAAAUCAUUAGAAGAUUUCCAGGUAAUCCUUUAAUUUACUUCAUUGUGCAUGAAUGUGCAAGAUACUCAGGCAUACUUAGUAGAAUGAAUGAAGGAAACUUCUCUGAGGUAUUGGUGUCAGGAGUUCAAGAUAUCAUGGUGAGGACUGUGGACAAAAACCCUUCUCUGCUGGCUCAGGAUCUUUUGCCACAUUGUCCGUCUCUGUGUAAAGACAGGGUCCAUAGAAUUCCCAGCCUCCGGAAAGACAGCGAAGAUCGUGAAGGAGGCGGGGAACGGGUCACAGGGUGGUUGUCUUUGGCAAUGAAUGGUACACCCAUCGCUAAGUGUGUCUCACCACCACCUCUUGUGGCUGACAAGAAAGUUGACCUACCACCCAUGAAGACUGAGUUGCAUCUUCCAGUUGUUCCUUCUGUAUGCCUGAAUGAGCACACACAUGUAAAACCGAGCACUUCAAAUCAUCCUUCAGUGACAGAGAAGUCUCAUGGCAAACGCCCUGUACCUCUAAGGCCCUUCUGGGACUGGCCUCCUCAGCUGAGUCAAACCCCAGCCUCUGUGACACAUAAGCAGCUUUUUAAAGCCAAAGACCUAUCUGUGAUCAUUAAAGCUUAUGUGUUGGUGACAUCUUUAACACCACUACGGGCCUUCAUUCAUUCAACUGGUACAAUUUGGAAUCCACCCAAGAAAAAACGUUUCACUGUCAAGCUGCAAACGUUUUUUGAGACAUUCCUCCGAGUCAGUUCUCCUCUUCAGGCCUUUGAUAAUAUGAAAGAAGCUAUAAGUAAACUUCUGCUGGCAGCGGAAGCAUUCAGCGAAACAUCUACUCUGGGACCAAAGACCAUCAAAAGGUGCAGAUUAUGUUUUCAACUUUUAACAUUUGAUAUUGAUUAUAGCAGCUCUUCAAACCCAUUGAUUAUUCAGGUACAUGAGCAUUUUGAUUUUCAAGUUGAUAACAAUCUUGAUUUGAAGGACCAAAAUACAAAAGAAUUCCUUUUAGAAGACACUUUCAAUUUUCUCUUUGCCAAUGAGUCUUCACUUUCCAUUUUUUCUGAAGCACUUCAAAGAAUUUACAGAUCAGAUAUAAUUAAGGGUGAAAGAUAUCAAAAUGAACUAAAUCCAUGCCUCUCUUUAGAGGAGAUGAAUUCAAUUAUGACAUUCAUAAAGGAACUCAAGAGUCUGGGACAAUUUCAACUGCUUUUCCCAUCAACUGCUCCUGGGAUUCAAGCUUUUAUGCAUGAAUUUUUUUACAUGGCAUAUCCUAUGGGAAAACAUGGUUCGGUUCUGAACCAGCAUUGGUCCCUCUUAAAUUUAUUCAAAGAACUACAGCUCAUGACUAAAAAGACUCAGCUCUAUUCUCUAGAAUGGAAUCUGUUUCCAGAUAAUAUUAAGCCAAGAGUUCCCUUGAACGCAGGUGAAAAUAUCAUAGCACCACAUUUAAUGAAUGGGACCAAAGAGACACUUUGUAGUAAUGAUAAAGAUACACUGUCUCAUAUCAGGCAGAUCUUUACAAAUCCACAUUUGGACCUGAAUCCGGAAUUUAACCCAAAGAUCAAAGACUACUACUCUGAAGUCCCAUUUGAUGUUAUAACAAUAACAAUUGGAGCAGAAACUUCUAAUUGCCAGUGCAAAGUACACCUGGAUGAAAAGGCAGGACCAAGUUUUGCAAAUUAUCCUCUGGGAUUAGGGAUGAACAAAAUCCUCAUUAUUGUGGUAGAUGAAUCUCAAGCAAAUGCGGAAGUCCUCAGCACUUACAGACUCACAGUUUACCGAGAAGACCGACCAAGUCUACCCUUGUUCAAUGAUUACAUGGCGUGUGGUUUUGUGCAGGAUUGUGGUUUGAAGAUUCACCCAGAGGAAUCCUGUGGAUUACAGCCUCUGUCAUCAGACUACAUUGCAACAAUUUCCCAACCUGAACUAAAGAUUUGUAAGUCUGGGGACACCAAAGGACAGUGGAUUGUGCCAUGCCUUAGCUGUUCAGACAAUAGAACCUGCGACUGGAGAGAAAUAACGUGGCAACCUCAUAACUGCCAGUACGGUGUCCUGUCAAAGACUCAACUACAACACUGUCUGGGAGGAAGAAAGGUCCUUUUCAUUGGAGAUUCAACCAACAGAGGAAUCAUGUAUUAUCUGAUUGAAAGGCUCAAUGAAACCCUGCAGGAGUGGCAGAAAGUGCACAACAUUAAAUCAUACUACAAUGUUAACAAUGGCAGAACAUUCAUCAGUUACUCCUAUUAUCCCCAGUUCUGGAUCAGUGUUCCACAAAGGCCGACAUUUGAAAAGGCCCUCGAACAACUUUUGCAAAGAUCACGUCCCCUCGAGAACACAGACCAGACUAUAUUAGUUGUUGGUGGUGUUCAGUGGCUUAAUUCCAAUCACCUACAAAUUAUUCACAAGGUUUUGAAGAGGGAAAACUUAUUAAAUAUUCUGGUGGUUAUUAAAACUCUGGGGAUGGGGUUUCAUCUGCCUGUGGAUGGAGUGCAUUCCUUAACCCAGAAUGAAGUACGGAAUUUAUGGAAAGAAAAUUGGAUUAUUCUAGAUUCUGCAAAAAGAUAUGGUUAUGAAGUGGUUGAUACUUUCAGCAUCACCAUGGGACGCUACAAGGAAUUUCUGCAAGGAAAAUGUGGAUGCCAUUUCCAUGAGGUAGUUAAAUCUAAGACUUCCAGGGAGUAUCAUCUUAUUAAAAUGAAACCAUCAAGACAGCAUGUCGUGGGAAAAUAUUUUAGCAAUUUGAGCAAACAGAAGAGACUGCAAAGCUAUGCAACUGAUGUACAAUCACCAUAUCAUGUCAGAGGCCCAGUCAAUCAAGUCUGUUCUGAAAUUCUUCUCAGCAGGAUAUGUACACGUGAAAGGACUGUGUAA